AUGUGGGCGCUCAUCGCGAUCCUGGCGGGUCUCGGAACCGGCCUGGGGAACGCUUACCCCGAGGGCUGCCGCUGCCAGCUGGACAACGCACCGAGGACCAUCGACUGCUCGGAUCUCAAUCUCCAGAGCUUCCCCGGGAACCUCAGCGCUGCGUUUAAAAAUUGCCCGACGCCCGAAAUUUAUGAAAAUUUGUUUGUAUUAAGGUAGGUGGAGCACUUGGACCUCUCGGGUAACCUGCUUACGGAACUUCCGGCGGACGUCAAUCGGCUUACCGAGCUCCAACACCUAAAUUUGGCUCGCAAUCAACUGAGCCGGCUGCCGGCGAAUCUGCGAGGUCUUGGCAAUUUGCGCAGGCUCGACCUCAGCGAGAACGCACUGAAGGACGUCGUCGCGGACCUCGGGCCGAUAAGCCAGCUGACGCGCCUCAAAACCUUGUACCUGACGGGCAAUCCACUGGGUGGCCUCACGGGACUGAGAAACGCGGCUCUGCAGUUUCUCAGCGCCGACUCAUGCGGCAUCGAAACCCUUAAAAAUACAUCGCUAUCGGGUCUGCCAGAGCUCGCCUAUUUGAGUCUAGUCGGCAAUCCUCUGAGAGAUAUAAAGGAUCCUUACAGUCUCAAAUUGAAAGGACUUGAUAUCUCGAAAUGCCAAUUAAAAGUCUUGAGUUCGCGGACGUUCCAAGGCUUUCCCGAACUUAUUGAUUUGCGCUUGGCCGACAACGCAAUGCUUGUCUAUAGCACCAGAUACGAAACCCUACGGCACCAGAAGCUGCGGAAACUCGACGUCUCGAGAUGCGGCCUUGACCGACCAGGACUCCACGGCCUCCCGUCCCUCACCUAUGCUCGUCUCUCGAGCAACUCCAUUCGCAUGCUGCCCGACCACAUAUUCGCCAAGAAUCGCGAGCUCACUCACCUCUUCCUGGACUACAAUCAGCUCGAGCGCCUCAACAAGAGCUCCUUUGCCAAUCUUCUCAAGCUGCAAGUCCUCGAUCUCUCGUCCAAUGCCCUCAAAACCGUCUCACCCACGGCAUUUCGGAACAAUAUCGAAAUGCAAUUUCUCAACCUCUCGGACAACUAUAUCACGGAUUUUCCCAAGCUCUCGGCCUCCAUUAUAAGUCUCGAUUUGUCAGCGAAUCUUAUUAAUCGGAUGGACGACAACAGUUUGGCCGCCGUACCGAGACUUUACCAUUUAAAUUUGAGUAAGAAUCUUAUCGAGGAGCUGCCCAUUAAAUUGGACUCGCCGAGUCUGAGGAAUUUCAUUUUGAGAUGCAAUCGAAUAACCAGCUUGGAUAACGCCAGCUUCAGCCGACUUCCGGAAUUGGAAAAAUUCGACCUUUCCGGCAAUUUAUUAAGUAAAGGAAUAGGUUCGGAAGUAUUUUUUGACAACCCUAAUCUACGUCAUCUUCAUUUACAAGAUAAUCCAUGGAUAUGCGACUGCACCCAAUUAUAUCCCAGUUAUGUUUUCCUAAUGACUUUGGUAACCAAGACGGAAUCGUGGAUCUGCCAUAGUCCAAACAACGUAACGGGUUACUCGUGGAAACUCGCAUGUGCAAACGUCUGGAAGCGAAAUUCCAUACACAAAUACAACAAUAAGACAUGGGGACUGAUUCUCGUGAGCAUACUGACAAUCGUCGUUCUUUCCGGAACAAUUAUCUCCAUUAGGCAUUCCAUGAAAUUAAAAAGACAAGCAAGAAAUCAAAGACUGGAAAUGGAAAGAGCCGAAGUUAGAGAGAGAUUAAGACUUCUGCAACGGAGCAGGAGUCACCGGCUACAGGACGAGCUGCACGAGCUGACGACGGAGCCACGGGUCCACCCCUUGGAGCUGAUCGGGCCACCGAGCUACGAGGAGGCGGUGACGAUGAUUCGAGUCGCCCGCUCCCUCGACGCCCUCGACACCGUGACCGUGGACGCGAGCGGUAACGACGGGACGCGCCCGACCGCGCAAAUGACAGCCUCCUCGGAGAGCCUCCGUGGCGGUAAGAAACGGCGCCGCGGACGUCGCCAACGAUCCCAGAGCGAGGAUAACCUGGUGCGCAGGGAGAUACGACGGGAUGAGCGGCUCCGACGGGUUCGCGAGCCUACGGCCAAGGAUCAGCCGGAGUCGGAGCUCGAGCCGAGACUCCAUCGGGACCCGACACCCAUUGCUCCCAAGAAGAAGACCACCAAGAGAUUGUCGGCGGCGAGCAACGGCACCUCCACCGACGACGAGGACUCCGACAGACAAGCGGCGCCUGAUUUAGCAGCCAGGAAGAUCGGUAGGACGUUGAUUAGGAACUUGGAGAGGGAACCCAAGAGUGGAUACAGACCGUCGACCGAUGCCGACAGCUGAGAUAACCCUGUCCUUGCCUUUUCGAUACUCGAUUCCCUGUUUAUCGAGCCUCGGUUAUGACAUUUGUCCACUAUUCGCUAAAGUAUUCGAAUUUACUUUACUCUACCGGCUCAUACAUUUGCCAUUAGAAUAAAUGUUUUAUCAUACAUUACCAAUAUGCUACAGAUUCGCAUAAUUGCGCAGUCAUUAUGAAACAAUGUAUUGUAAUUCAAUUGAUAUUCGCGCUCGAUUGUUACGAUUCCAUUAGAAUCCACGUUAAGGCUAUACUGGGGGACAUGAUAUUCGUGUUCCUGUAAAUCGUCAAUUUACAUAGUUAAGUUUUAAAAAAUAAUCAAUCCUAGA